UUUUAGUAAUGGAGUUUGAUAUCGAGAGAGAUUGGUUCUUCCCACAAGAAGACUAUCAAAAGAUUCUGAUAGCAGUGUUCAAUCUCAACACACUGUUCGAAUACUUGUUUGUGUUCUGGCUUGUUGGUACUUUCGGAGGCCAUUUCUGGGGAGCAAUUCUGUUGUUCUUCUUUUACAUCAGCACAACUGUGUAUUUUCACAUUAUAAACUAUGCAAUGAUGGAUCAGAUCAAGUACUCAGAUCACCAGAUUCGUUUUAAUGCUAAUUCUUGUGAGGGAUCAUUUAAAUUUUGGGCGAUGAUCUUCAUCACCUGAGACUGAGCCCCCACAAGAUGUGUCAACAAAGAAAACUUAAGAGAAAUUAUGGACUGGCAUAAGAAAACUUUUAUUUUUGCUUGGAUAGCUAGAGCCUUGCUGCUAACCUGCACUUUGAUAGCUUACCCCUUUUUCUGAGAAGAUGGAGAAGAUAUUGCUGUCUAUAUUUUCUUCUGACUGUUCUAUGCGAUCAACUCUUUGUAUCCGUAUUCACUAUUUCUUUCAUAUUAUUUGUUUGUCUUCCUGUUAUUUUUCUUACUAAUCCCAGUGUUAGCUUUUUAUUUCUUAAUAUGCUUCCUGAUCUCCCUUGUUGCUAAUCCUUCUGGCUGCUACGUCAAAUGUUUUGGGAAUCCGGUUGCAAAUAUUGAUCCGGAGAAUCCAAUUCAUAUUUACAAUGGAGUUCUGCCUGUUGAUAAUUCCAUCGAAGUCCAGAUAGGUAGGCCUGAUAUUUAUGGAUUAGGCAAUGAAUCUGGAAGAAAAGUCUUCGCUGCAAGUGCUUUCUCCUCUUCAGUGAGAGAUAGUCAUCCAGAAGAUGGACCCUAUCUUCCCAGAAGAAAUAUUGAUGGGAAUAGAAAAGAAGAAAUUCUUAGAAAUGGAAGAAGUAUCGUUCUUGAAAUUGAACUAGCUAUCGCUUCUAUGGGUUUUAAUGAAAAUGAAGCAAGACGUAUUUCUCAUGAAGUCUUCUUGGACUGGGUUCAAGAUUUGACACAAAACGAUAAUACAGAUUCAAGUGCAUGAUCUAUUUGUAGUGAUGCAUUACUAAUAAAUCAAAGAGUAGUUUUCCUUCCAUGAAGCAUGAUAUCAAGAAGACAUAAGUAUCAUAUUGACUGAAUCAAUGAUUGGAUUGAAAGACAAGAAGACGCUAAAAGAUGUCCAGAAUGUAUGGCAUCUAUCGGAGAUAUUGUGAUGAAUAUGAGCAUAGAAUUUAGAUCUCUCCUAAGCAAAAUCAAUCAAUAAACAAAAACUUGCUAAAA